ACUGUUUUAUUAAACCUCUCCCUCACACGACGUCAGCUUUUGGGAACUCGGGCAAGGGAAAGUUUAGGGAGAAAAACGUUUGCUGUUGUCUAUGUAUGGAUGAAUACUGAAAGCCUCUCGUAGAGGAGAGAAAACUAGUGCAGUGUAACGUUAACCCGAGAUGGCGAAUGCGUGGCAUAGGCGCUGAAAAAGUUGCAGCAGACGCGUUUAAAGGGCGUUGAACAAACUUUUUGUUUUCAUGGAAUUUUUUUCCCUUUUUUCCGAACGGACGAAGCAACAAGGCGAAACUUGAGUUUACCGGGGACACUUUGCCAAGGAAAGAAAAUCCAUGAAGUUUCAAAGGAGGACAUGAUUCAGACGGAAGGAUUUUGAAAGGCUGCGCGCGUGACUGUGAGAUCAAAUCUGGGGGGGAACUAAUCUAAAACUUGUUAUAAGAUCUGAGUGAAACGAACAAUGGCGAAGAAAUACGACUUGCUCUUUAAAUUAUUGCUUAUUGGCGAUAGUGGUGUUGGCAAGACCUGUUUGAUCAUCCGUUUUGCAGAGGACAAUUUUAAUUCUACCUACAUAUCAACCAUCGGUAUUGACUUUAAAGUGAAGACCAUUGAGGUUGAAGGGAAGAAAGUCAAACUUCAAGUCUGGGACACAGCGGGACAGGAGAGAUUUAAGACCAUCACUACUGCAUACUACAGAGGGGCCAUGGGCAUCAUUCUUGUGUAUGACAUCACUGAUGAAAAAUCAUUUGAGAAUAUUCAGAACUGGAUGAAGAGCAUCAAAGAAAAUGCAUCAGCAGGUGUAUGUCGGAUGUUACUGGGCAACAAGUGUGAUAUCGAGUCCAAAAGGAAAGUGUCAAAGGAGAUUGGCGAGAAGCUCGCAAAGGAGCAUGCUAUUCGAUUCUUUGAGACUAGUGCAAAAUCCAGCAUCAACGUUGAGGAGUCUUUUGCUGCUCUUGCACGAGAUAUUUUGCUGAAGUCAAAUAAGAAGCCGGGUCCAUCUGGUCGUGAGAUUAAACUUACCAGCACAGAGAAAAAGUCCUCCAAAUGUCUUCUUCUUUAGAUAUGCUUUUGACCAGAGGGCGGUCUCACUGCGCACACACACACACACACACAAAACAAAACACACACACAGUAACAUUGCAGUGUUUAUGCCUGAGAGUUCUUUGCAAAGUGAACAUGGAAUGUUAAUAGGUAGUGGUUUUAAAGAAUGAUGGCACUAGUAAGAUAUGAAAUACAUGAUAUCAAAUAUGAAACAGGUAACAGCUUUCAUGUAGAUAGAGGAAAAUGACUUUUUUUUUUUUUUACUUCAUAUUUAGAUUUUCGCACUACACAACAAAACAGUGUUUAGGCCACAGUGGAGACAAUGUUGGUUUUACUUGCACAACCAGUUUUGCUCGGUAAAAAUGGAGAACAAGUACCUAUUGAAUUUCUAGUUUUUGCCAACUUCAAGUUAACUAUUUAGUCCACUUUUAGACAAAUGGUUUGAAUGUAGAUGGAUAUAAAAGAUGAAUAACUUCAAUUUUAAAGACAUUGACCUCUAAUGGAUGGAUAAGAGAUAUGAGAAAAGGAUUGACGGUUUAUGUUUGGGAAAAUAAUAAUGUUCCACUGAAUAUUCACAGUGUGCUUCUCCAAAAGGGAUUAUGGCAUAAUUCACGUAUUUGGUUUUGCAUAAUAUUUGCAUCAAGUUUCUGUAUUCCUGCAGUAUUCCACUUUUCUAUAUUCUUUUCCACAGCAUAUAUCUCAUAAUUUGUUCAAUAAUCUGCUUGUAAUAAAGAAAAUAAUGUUCAAAGUCUCA